AUGUCUGCCGAAGACGUCGCCAAAGCCUUUGUGCAGCACUACUACACGACGUUCGACACGAACCGAGCGGGUCUGGCCAGUCUCUACCAAGAGGGAUCCAACAUGAGCUGGGAAGGCCAAUUGUCCACGGGUCAGCAAACCAUUGUGGCCAAGCUGCAAGGGCUGCCCACUGUGCGUCACGAGUACUCGACCGUGGACAUCCAGCCGUCCACGUCGGGCAACGCCAUGAUCAUCUUUGUGCAGGGCAAGCUGCAGAUCGAGGAGAACAACCCGAUCCAGUUCACGCAGGUGUUUCAGCUCGUGGCUCACCAGCCGGGCCAGUACUACAUCCACAAUGAUGUCUUUCGUCUGCAGUACGGAUAA